CUAAACCCAGUUAGUUCGAGACGCACCCGCUGACAUUACCACGAACAUGGUGCAAAUCACAGGCAAAUACGAACCAGUAGAAAAUAUAAACGUCUACGAGUUCCUCGUUAAGAUGGGCGUUCCGGAAGACGAAGCAAAGGCGAAAACUGAGAAGAAAAGUCCCUUUGAAAUCGUGCUCGAUGGAAAUAAACUUCGUUUUACAAGCGGCUUAGCCAUUAAGCCUGCAGAGUUUGUUCUUGGCGAGGAAGGAGAAGAAAUACUGCCACCGGACAUUGUUGUUAAGAGUAUAGCGACUCUGGAUGGUAACGUCAUCACCGUCAAGUCAUCAAAACCAGAAGUGGACUUAACUGGUUCCAGAACCCUAACAUUCACCGAUUCUGGAUUGGAAAUGAAAAUAGUCAUCAAUAAAGAAGGAGUGCCAGUAGCUAUCCGCAAAUACAAGAGACUUUAGAAAGUACAUAAUACAUGAGGGAGACCACAUGCAAGACUGUCGUAAUAUUUGUUAAUUUAAAUGAUGUACAAUGAAAUUUUAUGAAAUUAAUAUAUUCUUAUUGAAUU